AGCUGCAAGCGAUCGAGACACGCGUGAGAGAGAAGCCAAUGAGCGAGCAGUGAUUCGAGAGUUUGAGAAGUGAAAAGUGAGAGGAUCGAUCAGUGACCAGAAUAAACCAUGGAUAAACUCAAGUACAGCAAGUGCCCGCUCAAGAAGCGACCCAUUCCCAUCGAGGAUGCCUUUCCCGAGGAUCAGUUGAGUCAUGAUGAAGGACCCGUGGACCUUAGCGUGGCAUCGGCAGCGGUUCCGCUGGAGCCGGAAAAGGAGCAGGCGGUGCCCACCGAGCUGCGACGCCGCUUCGACGCGGCCAUGACACAGACCAAGGAGCAGCUGGCCCGCCGCAUCUGGGAGGAGACGCGCGAGAUCGCACGCGCCUUUCCGGAUGUCUUCACUCGCGAGGAAAUCGCGCGGAGCCUGACCCGACUGGGAUACGGCGACUUUGAGCUGCCACCAGAGGAGGAGGUCAUGGAGCCAGAGAAAGAGCCAGAGCUGCCGAUCAGCUAUGGCAGGGUGUCGCCUCCUCCUCCAGUACAGACCAUCAUCAAGGUGGAGCAGCCCGAAGAGGAGUUCCCACUGCGCAACUACAAUAACAAUCUGCUGAAGAGCAUUGCGGACUACGAGGACUGCAUGAAGAUGCCUCUGCCACAGCAGCAGCAGCAGCCACAUCUGCAUCCACACCCACAUCCCCAGGCGUACUACCAGCCGCCACCAACCCCUGGGCUGCCCGAGGAUCUCAGUCUGCGGCCCGAGGUGGCACAGCGGAGGGUGCUGAGCGAGAACAUGAAUCUGCACAACGUGGCGCGGGCUCUGCUCAGCAUGCAGCACAUGCCACCGCAGCAGCAGCAGCAGCAGCCGCAGUACGAACCAUCCUACCAGAGGGCUGCCAAGCAGGAGCUGCCGCCACUCGUCGAGGACCUGGAGAACGCGGAGAACAGCGAGAAUCAGCUCAAUCAGCUGAAGAUCAAGAGCAGCAACGAUCUCUACUACCAGUGCCAGCAGUGCAACAAAUGCUAUGCCACGUACGCCGGACUGGUGAAGCACCAGCAGAGCCACGCCUUCGAGAGCACCGAGUACAAGAUCAUCCGCAGCAACCCCAGCGGCGGCCCCAUUGUGGACCAGACCGAGUUCUGCACCGACCAGGCGUCGGCUCUGAUCCAAGCAGCCAAUGCGGCGUCUGCCCAGUCCAUGCAGAAGCCGGUGGGAGUGCCCCGCUACCACUGCCAGGACUGCGGCAAGUCGUACUCCACGUACUCGGGCCUGAGCAAGCACCAGCAGUUCCACUGCCCCUCGGCGGAGGGCAACCAGGUGAAGAAGGUGUUCAGCUGCAAGAACUGCGACAAGACGUACGUCUCGCUGGGCGCCCUCAAGAUGCACAUCCGCACCCACACGCUGCCCUGCAAGUGCCCCAUCUGCGGCAAGGCCUUCUCGCGCCCCUGGCUGCUGCAGGGCCACAUCCGCACCCACACCGGCGAGAAGCCCUUCAGCUGCCAGCACUGCAACCGCGCCUUCGCCGACCGCUCCAACCUGCGCGCCCACAUGCAGACGCACUCGGACGUCAAGAAGUACUCGUGCCCCACCUGCACCAAGUCCUUCUCCCGCAUGUCCCUGCUCGCCAAGCACCUGCAGAGCGGCUGCCACAGCGACGCGGGCGGCAGCGCCUCUGGGCCGGGCUUCAAGCAGGAUCAGCUGCAGCAGCAUCUCCACGGCUACGAGGAGGGAGCGGAGGCCUACUACGCCAGCAGCAUGGGUAGCAGCGGCGGCGAGGAGGAGGAGGGCGGAGACUAUGCCAUGGCCGCGCAGGCCAUCUAUUAGUGUAAUCUCAAGUAGAAUUAGGUAAACCCUUAGCUAAGUCAGUCAGCAGCCAAAGUCAGUCAGCUAGGAACAACCAUUCAGGGAACAGUCAGUGCCAAAAAUUAGUCAGUGCAAUUUUAUUGCCUCUUACCAAACUAUUCUACGUAGAAAACAUUUAAAGUUUAGCAGCAAGUCUAGCUCUUAGCCUUAGGAUCGUAUUGUUGUUUGUUAGCAAUUCCUUGUGUGUAUAUUUAUUGUUGUUGAACCUCGACGGUGUACAUAUUCCAGAGAGAUGGUGCCAGAGAAUUAGUCUUAAGUGCAACUUUACUUAUCUGUAAUAGCUUAUAAUUUCAUUUGCUAAUU